AUGGGUAUCGAUUGUGAUAGGAUCACACCAUUCAGCUUUCCUCUGGUUGGAUUUGCAGGAGAGCAAGUCCAGCCGAUUGGUCUUAUUUCACUUCCUGUAACAGCAGGGAUAGCACCUAAGCAGAAAACUGUGAUGGUAGAUUUCUUGGUUAUUGACCGACUAGGUGCCUACAAUGCCAUUAUCAGUAGACCUGCAUUAAAUUGGUUGAAGGCCGUAACUUCAACAUACCACUUGAUGAUGAAGUUCCCAACGGAAGAAGGAGUCGGGGAAGUGAAAGGGGAUCAGACCCAGGCGAGAAGAUGUUACAAUACGUCUUUCAAGAGGGUCUUGGAUCCGACUCCUAUUGUCAUUGGUACAGUAGGUGGUAAUAGCAGGAACGAGCCAAAGGGAGAGCCAGCUGAACCUCUAGAAGAUGUGGUAGUAAGUGGAGGAAUUGAUCCUAAAGACAUCCUCCACCAGCUAAAUGUGGAUCCAAGUGUGAAGCCGGUAAAGCAAAAGAGAAGAAAAUUUGCUCUGGAACGGAAUAUGGCUAUAGCUGAAGAAGUGGAGAAACUUUUCAAGGCUCGUUUUAUCGAAGAAGUGUAUUAUCUUGAUUGCUUCAUGGACGCCUUCUCUGGUUACAACCAGAUAUACAUGCAUCCAGAAGAUCGUGAGAAAACUGCGUUCAUAACUGACUGA